AUGGUGAGUGAUGAUGGGGACAAUACGGAAACAAAUGACCCGAAAUUGGAGCGCCAAAUUGAAGUGAUACGCAACCUGGUUGAUUCGUAUAUGAAAAUAGUGAACAAAACGCAGCGUGAUAUGGUCCCCAAAGUUGUCAUGCACAGCUUGAUCAAUCAGCUCAAGCAAUACAUGAAUUCCGAUUUGGUCCCCGCACUUUACACUCAGGAUACGAGCUUGCUCAUGGAAGAGUCCUCAUCGGAGAAACAGAAUCGGGAAGAAACAAUUCGUCUAUACGAUUCCAUGGUAGAAGCAAUGAGGAUCAUCAAUGAGGUGAUUUCGAACACACAAAGUGUCCCGUUACCUCCUCCGGUAAAUGACGAUUGGCUUGAAUUGGAAAGCCCCACAUCCAACACAACUGCUCAGCGGCGACCCUUACCAGCAUCCACUGGUGGAAGUCAUCCUUCCAUUCCGCAGCGACCCACCACACCCACUGGUUUAUCCAAUUCCGCCAGUAACACCAAUCUCGGACCGGGAGGUUCAUCUUCCACCACAUUCCCCAGUCGUCCGAUGCCAACCCGGCCCGCCCCCAAUUUGCCAGUUCGUGGUGGACUAAAUCCGGCUCCUGCCAUUCCACAUUCCAGCACGGGCAAUCUACCCAGCACUGUAGCCAGCAACGCGGGCAGUACGAAUUUCGGCAGUGGGACAACUCUGAGUCACAUGGGCAACGGUGUUGGUGGUGGUGGUAGCCAAGCCGCUUGGAUGCAAUUCGAUCCGUUAUUGAACCAUUCCGGCACCGCAGUCUCAGCACAGCGUCAAGCCCAUCCACCAACUCCACCACCCAAAGGAUCUACUUUGGCCGCGGUGGCUGCUCUUGCCGGGCAUCCGAUUAUUCCGGAGGUGUUCUUUGAAAGUGACAAGUUUCUGGCCAUGUUGGUAUCGUAUAUGCAGAGUUCUCCAUCCUAUUUCGGAUUUGCUGAAUCUGGUAGUUAUAUCGAAAAACUGUGA